CUUGGCCGCACCUCAGAGCGUCUACUCAGUUUGUGUGAGGCAGUCGCGCGGGUAUAUUCUUGCCGCUUCUCACAGUUUAGGAGCGCUAACAAAAAGUUGAACUGUUAGGGAAUAACUACGUGAAGACUUCGAAGUAAAUAUCGUUUCAGUAUUUAAAAACUUUUAUUGGAAAUAAUGUGAAAGUAACUAAACAAUUUCCUUAAAGAAAGUGGAGUGAAACAAAAUUUACUUAAAAUUCUUAACUAGAAACUUAAAAAAAGUUCACGAAUAAUUUGUGAAAUGGCUAAAGAGGUUCCUGCAAAAGGCAGCAUCUUAGGAAAAUGCUUACCUGCCCGUUACAUACUAGCGGUGCUUGGAUCUUGCGGUAUGGCCAUCAUUUACGGCCUCAAAGUAAACCUCAGUGUUGCAAUGGUAGCAAUGUUAAAUCAUACCGCCAUUGAGGCAGGACAUAGUGUUGCUGGUGAGGUUCAUAAUAUGAACUCCACGUCAGAAGAAGUAUGUGAGAAGCCUGGUAAUGGAAAUGUAACCAAACUAGAGGAAGGACCAUUUGUGUGGAGUUCAAGUAUACAAGGAACAUUGUUGAGCUGCUACUUCUGGGGUUAUUUGGUGUCGCAAAUACCAAGUGCUCAGGUAGCUGAAAAGUUUUCUGCUAAAUGGGUUAUGCUCUUUUCAGUAGGGAUUAAUGUAGUUGCCACUUUGCUCACACCGGUUAUGACAAAAGCACACUAUGCCGGUUUAAUUGUAAUGCGUGUUCUGGAGGGCAUUGGUGGUGGGGCAACUUUCCCAGCUAUGCACUGCAUGAUUGCUGCAUGGGCUCCACCCAAUGAGCGAUCGGUUAUGUCGACAAUAAUAUAUGUGGGAACUUCUUUUGGUACGGCUAUUUCCAUACUUUUAGCUGGUGUUUUGUCGGCACAAUGGGGAUGGGAAUCGGUAUUUUACUGGAUGGGUGGCUUAAGUGCAAUUUGGAUGACUUUAUGGAUAUUGCUCAUACAAGAUAACCCAAAUAAACAACGAUUCAUCAGUCCAGAAGAGCGUCAAAUGAUAACUUCACAAUUAGGAACCGAAAAUACCGCAUCAAACGAGGAGCAUCCGCCAGUUCCGUGGAAGAAAGUAUUGACAUCAAUACCUUUCUGGGCCAUUUUAAUUGCUCAUUGCUGCAGUAAUUGGGGAUGGUAUAUGUUUCUCAUCGAAAUACCAUUCUACAUGAAACAAGUUUUGAAAUUCGAUGUAUCGAGUAAUGCCCAGUUCAGCGCACUGCCUUACUUUCCAAUGCUAAUUCUAAGCAUAUUAUUGGGUAAAACUCUGGACACAUUGAAAGCCAAAGGGAAAAUUACUACCACUACUGCGCGCAAAACUGCCACAAGUAUAUGUACAAUCAUACCCGGUAUUUGCCUUUUGGCAUUGUGCAACAUCGGUUGUAAGCACACAGCAGCUGUUAUCAUCAUGACAAUUGGAAUCAUUGGCAUGGGUGGCAUGUUUUCUGGAUUCCUUUCUAAUCACAUUGAUAUUGCUCCUAACUACGCUGGUACACUGGUUGCAAUUACCAACACUGCUGCAACAAUUCCCGGCAUCAUAGUUCCAAUAUUUGUCGGUUUUAUUACAACGAAUAACCAAACAAUUGGAGCUUGGCGCAUAAUUUUCUAUGUAACUGUAGUCCUUUUCGCUAUCGAGUUCUUGGUAUUUGUAAUAUUUGGCUCAGGCGAGGAACAAUCGUGGAAUAAGAUCGAGAAAAAAGAAGGAAAGGACGAAUCGACACCAUUGAAGGCUCAACCAGUAAAGGACAAUGUCUAAAAUUUUCAACCCUCAAAAAUGCAAUGAGCUUAUGUUAUCUUAGUUGUUGUUAAUUUUUACAUUUAUUAAACAUUAGUUGUAUGCAUAUAUGUAAAUUUAAAUACAAUAACCAAUAACUUCAUUAAUUUCAUAUAUGACGUACUAUAUAAGUAUACACAUACACAUAGACAAAUAUGUGUACUUUUCAUGGUAAAAGUAUUGAAAUUCCUCAAAGUGUCAUAUCUUAAGACCCCUUAAAAUUGUAUAUGUUAAACAAAAUGGACACUAAACAGUCAUAUACCACGUAUAUAUGUAUGUAAUGUAUAUGUAUAUAACAAAUGUUACAUAUUUUUCUGA